CAUACACAACCAACAAGUUCAUUCAUUUGAGAAAUUUCCAUCAGAGGAGCAACUGGAGAACCAGACGAUAACACACCGGAAGUACGGUCAAACCAUACGUCACAGGAAGUGCUGGGCUUGAGCUCUCAAAGACAAGAAGGCCUCAGUAAAUUUUCAAAUUGUGGACUUGAUUUGCGUUUUCAUUUUUUCAAGUGAAAAAGAAGUUGUACGAUUUUGAAGGGAUCAGUGAAAGUGGUAUGCUAUUUUUGUGAAAUUUUCAAAAAAAUAAUUCCGACUGUUUAAGAUGGCGUCGAGUGACCUAAAACUGGACAUUUACAACGAUGAUCCUAGAUGGGAAGGCUACAAGUUUUCCAAGCUGAAAGUCAAACAAGACGAAGGAAAGAAAACAAAAUGGGGUCGAAAAUUAAAACCGAGACGAAAUUUAAUCAGAAAGGAGGGACAAAGCAAUAUAGCUUAUCGUGGAAUCCCCAACAGAAAAAUGAGAUUUCUGAAAGACUUUUACGUAACUUUAUUGGACAUGCAAUGGCGGUGGGUAACUUUGACUCUGUUCGGUGGAUUCUUCACGUCCUAUAUCGUUUUUGGAUUUGUGUAUUGGUUCGUCUGCUACAUCCAUGGCGAUUUUCACAAUAUCGGCAACACCAACUGGGUUCCCUGCAUUGAGAAGGUUACCUCGUUCUGGGACUGUUUCCUGUUUUCUAUUGAAACGCAAUCUACAGUCGGAUACGGAACUCUGUACCCACAACCCACGUGUCCAGUUACGAUUCCGUUAGUUUAUUUACAAAUGACUCUAGGCUUUAUUGUAGAAACGAUCAUCCUUGGGUUCAUGUUCGUCAAAUUUGCAAGACCAAAGCACCGUCGCCAUACUUUGGUAUUUUCCAGAAGUGCUUGCAUCGCUAAGGAAGACGGCAUGGUCAGCUUGCAAGUCAGGAUUGGGGAUCUGCGUAGAACUCAUUUGAUCCAGACCAAGGUUCAAGCUAUGCUAGUAAAGAAACACGUGUCGCAAGAGCGUCAAAUAUACCCGCUGUAUCAGCACAAACUGGAUUUAAACGCUAAUGGUAUGGACGACACGCUUUACCUGAUGUAUCCAGUGGUCGUCCGACACGAUAUUGAUGCAAACAGUCCAUUAUGGGAUAUCAAACCGGAAGAACUCUGUUUGGACAAAUUCGAGAUCAUCUACAUCUUGGAGGGAACCAUAGAAUCGACUGGUGAACUCUGUCAAGCUAGAACGUCAUACAGCGCCAAGGAGAUACUUUGGGGUCACAGGUUUGCCCGUAUGGAGGAGUACGAUGAAAGGAACGAUAUCUGGUGCAUGGACUUUGUUCGAUUUGAUAAUGUUGUUCCUCAACCAACGCCUCGGUGCUCGCCCAGAGAAAUGGAGGAACUGUACGGUGGCGCUAAUGUCGGAGAAAAGGAGCACGGUUCAAGAUCAAGCUUAAGAAAAACCGGAUCCGGAAGUUCUAUGUCGCUUGAUUCAAUAGAUUCUAAUUUCAGUACAGCGUCGGAAGAUAAUUCAGAAAUAACCCUUCAGACUACAGCCGACCUCAGAUAAGAUGUUUGAAGAAAUGAAAUGGAAUCAGUGUAACAAUGGUAUAAAUUAUGUAUAUAUACUUUACAAUGCCAUUUUAAAACGAUGAGAGAUAUUUCUCGCGCGAUAAGCAUAAUUAAUUUAUCUGUAAAUAUUACGAACGACCAAUGAAUAUUUAUUUUUUGUAUAUGUAAAAUAAACUAUGACAAUCUGUUUGAUUAGCAUUUUCUCAAUAAAAAAAGUUCAAG